AUGGACAGAGGCGGGCAAGCGGCCGGAGUUUUCAAAUGCGGGAUAUCUCAGCCUAUGGUUGAAUAUGCUUUAGCUUGGAAAAAUAACGUUCUCUGCAUCUCGCCCUUGGUAAAUGAAUCGAUGAUGAAUCCAAGGGCGUCGUCGCAGGGUCACAGGGGAUGGCGAUGGAAGGCGACAGAAACGCGUAGAUCAGGCGGAUUCCAGCAGUAA